CUCUCUCUCUCUUUCCCUGUCUCUCCACUCUGUAACAAGCACACUGCAUUCCAUUUUUCCGGAAACAAAAUCCCUCGAAAAAUCUUCGUUUUCUCUCUCCAAUUCUUGAAUCUCCAUUUGUUUACCUGUUUCUGUUUCUAGAUUUUUUGCAAAGAUUCGGAACAGAUUGUCUUCCAGUUUUGGUUUAUUUUCUUUCCCCCAGAGAAUCCGAGGAUUUUUUUUGAAAAAGAUUUUUUUGUUUUUUUUUUGUUUUUUUUUGCCUUUAAAUUAAGCUGAUAGGGAGAACCAUCUUGGAAUUUUUUGUGGGUUUCGAGUAGAGGUUGUUGUUCUGUUCUGGUUUUUGAGUUUCGAGAAAUGGUGGUGAAGAUGAUGAGGUGGCGGCCAUGGCCGCCUCUGGUUUCGAGGAAGUACGAGGUCAGGUUGGUGGUGCGGAGGUUGGAGGGGUGUGAUCUGGCUGAGAAGUGGGAGAGAUUGGCUGUGGAGAUUCGAUGGAAAGGGCCAAAGGCGGCGCUCAGUUCCUUGAGGCGUACGGUCAAGAAGAACUGCACUAAGGAAGUGAAUGGGGUGGGUGAAAACGGCAUCAUAGAAUGGAACGAGGAGUUUCUGAACCACUGCACCCUAACGGCCUACAAAGAUAAUGUCUUUCACCCAUGGGAGAUCACUUUCACCCUCUCCAAUGAUUUGAACCAGGGUCAGAGGGGCAAGGUUCCUGUUAUUGGAACAGGAUCAAUGAACCUUGCUGAGUAUGCUUCUGCAGCGGAAGAGAAAGAGUUUGAGCUUAGCAUCCCACUCUCACUCUCUACUGGUGCUGCUGAGCCAUGUACCCAACUCUAUGUAUUGCUCAGCAUGUUGGAACUGAGAGCUGCUGCUCAAGAAGUCGUGGAGCCAGUUCAGAGAGCUAUAGUGCCUGUUGUGUCCCCUACUCGAGCAGGAGAAACUGUGUUGGUGGAAAAGGAUGAGGUUUCUGCACUUAAAGCUAGUCUUAGAAAAGUGAAGAUUUUUACUGAGUAUGUUUCCACUAGGAGAGCCAAAAAAGCCUGCCGUGAGGAGGAGGGUAGUGAAGGCAGGUGUUCUGCCAGGAGUGAUGGUGAGUAUCCUUUUGACUCGGACUCACUUGAUGACUUUGAAGAUGGUGAAUCGGAUGAAGGGAAGCAGGAUGCUGCUGUUAGGAAGUCAUUCAGUUAUGGUACGCUGGCUUAUGCAAAUUAUGCUGGAGGAUCAUUUUAUUCUAGUAUGAGGAUCAAUGGUGAAGAUGAGGAUUUGGUAUACUACAGCCAUCGUAAAUCAGAUGUGGGCAGCUCACAUGUUGAGGAUUCAGCUGCAUCAGCCUUUGACCCAUCAUUGUUGCAAAGUACAAAGCGCAGCAUACUUCCUUGGAGAAAAAGGAAGCUAAGCUUCAGAUCUCCUAAAGCCAAAGGUGAGCCUUUGUUAAAGAAGGCUAAUGGAGAGGAAGGUGGGGAUGACAUCGAUUAUGAUCGCCGGCAGCUUAGCUCUGAUGAAGCUCUUUCCCUUGGGGAUUCAUCUGGGAAUUGCUCAUCAGUCUCCGAAUUUGGAGAUGACAAUUUUGCUAUAGGUAGUUGGGAACAGAAAGAAGUGGUCAGCCGUGAUGGACAUAUGAAGCUUCAAGCCAAGGUGUUUUUUGCUACAAUUGACCAGCGUAGUGAGCGUGCAGCAGGAGAAAGUGCAUGUACGGCUCUUGUUGCAGUUAUUGCUGAUUGGUUUCAAAACAACCGUGGGCUUAUGCCUAUUAAGUCCCAAUUUGAUAGCCUGAUCAGAGAAGGCUCGUUGGAGUGGAGGAAUCUCUGUGAGAAUGAAACUUAUAGAGAGAGAUUCCCUGACAAGCACUUUGAUCUUGAGACAGUCCUUCAAGCAAAGGUUCAUUCUCUUUCUGUUAUGCCAAGGAAGUCCUUUAUUGGAUUUUUCCAUCCAGAGGGGAUGGAUGAGGGAACAUUUGACUUGUUGCGUGGUGCCAUGUCAUUUGAUAACAUUUGGGAUGAGAUUAGCCGUUCUGCUGCAGAAUGUCCAAGCAACAGUGAACCUCAGCUUUACAUAGUCAGUUGGAAUGAUCAUUUUUUCAUACUCAAGGUUGAACCAGAAGCUUACUACAUCAUUGACACGCUAGGUGAGAGGCUUUACGAGGGAUGCAAUCAAGCCUACAUUUUGAAAUUUGACAGCAGCACUUUAAUUCACAAGCUGCCAAAUGUUGCUCAAUCAUCAGCAGAUGAAAAACCAACUGGUGAUCAGCAGAUGGCAGCCACAUCAGUUGAAUCCAAGAGUCCACAGGUUCAGCCAGUCAGUGGGAAGGAUGGUUCCAUUGCAGCAUCAGAAGUGACUGACUAUGAGGAAUCAAGUGAUGGGAAUGCAGAGGUUGUGUGCCAAGGGAAGGAGUGCUGUAAGGAAUACAUAAAGAGCUUCUUGGCUGCCAUACCAAUCAGGGAGUUGCAGGUGGAUAUCAAGAAAGGUCUAAUGGCAUCAACACCUCUUCACCACCGACUACAGAUUGAAUUUCAGUACACUGAACUUGCCGAGAUUUCCACAUUUCCAAUGAUGACUACAGCCACACCCCCUUCCAUUGAAUUUCCCUUUACAGAAGUCGCUGCAUAGAGACUGUAAAUUGUAGGAAAGCCAAGUGCCAGUACUCUGAUUUUGUUUUUUCCUUUUUGGAAUUUCCUUUUACCAUGCAUAUCUUAUAAUUUCAAUGGGAUUAGCAAAGACGAUCUCAUUUGAGCUUUUCAAGAGAUUUAGCUAAUAGAGAUAACGGCAGAAUUUCUCUAAUUAUUGUGUUGAUUUCAUGGUAAUUGGUAAUCACACACUAUUCUCCUCCUCUUGGAAUGUGUGCAAUUCUUGUAUAUAUGCGGGUAUGGAGAAUGGAGAUACCCCAAGUAUUGACUGUUCUUAAAAAUGGUAUUAUGGCUCUAUUUUCCCCGAUAAAUUGAUGACUGCAAU